UACGGUACUCGCCGGAGGCUCUGUCGAUGUUGCGACUCGAGUGCCUUCGUUCUGUGUUACCCCGAAAGGUGGUCUUUGUUUUGAGGACGCUUGCAGCGGUUACAUCGGCAGUGUUUGAAAUUGAGGCCUAGUCAAUCCAGGCUUCGCCCUGUAGAUCAUUUUAAAGGUUGCGAUGACAACUGCUGCUCGCCCCACGUUCGAGCCGGCGAGGGGCGGGAGGGGCAAAGGUGAGGGCAGCGGGGACCUGAGUGCCCUGUCCAAGCAGUACUCGAGUCGCGACCUCCCCGGACACACCAAGAUCAAGUACAGGCAGUCGACCCAGGACAAUGUGGAUGAGGUCCGUGGCCGUGACUUCCGCCGGGAGCUGGAGGAGCGCGAGCGAGUAACCGGGCGAGAUCGGUCGCGCGCGCCUCGUGAGCACAUCACCUCUUCGUCAUCGUCCAAGCGCCCGCGCAUCGACCAAAUCCCUGCCGCCAAUAUCGACGCUGACGACCCUAUCGAGAGUGACGAGGACGAAGAUGCCUCGGAUAAGGACAGCGAUGAUGAUGAAGAUGACACAGCUGCUCUGCUCGCCGAGCUCAGCAAAAUCAAGAAGGAGCGGGCGGAGGAGCAAUCCAAGCGCGAGCGGGAACAGAAAUCCGAGGAGGAGAAAAUUCGCACGGAGAAUAUCCUGAGUGGAAACCCCCUCAUGAACCUGACGGGUGCCGAGGGGUUCAAGGUGAAGCGCAGGUGGGACGACGACGUGGUCUUCAAGAACUGCGCCAAGGGGGUGGACGAAACCAAGAACGAGAAGCAGUUUGUGAAUGACACGCUGCGCUCGGAGUUCCACAAAAAGUUCAUGGACAAAUACAUCCACUAAGGAGCGGAGACGCGGAGAUACGUACGGGUGCAUGGGGCAUGUGGGUUGCGGUGAUUGGAGGAGGUUUGUGUCAGGGACCAGAAGACGGUGAAAGGAAAAAAAACAGGUGGAGAGAGGGCAGCUGUUGACGCAGGGUUGACGUGGCAACCUUUUAUUCCUGACCAUGGCUCGCAGCGAAGAGGAAAACGGGCGAGUGUGUGUGUGUGUGUGUGCGCGCGUGCGUGCGUGCAUGUGCGUGAGGUACAGUGGGUAUGUAUGUUGAACUUCUUUUGCACCGUACGUAGCAAACCGCGCUAAUCGGAGGUGCGGGGGAAGGACAACAUACCGAAGAAACUAAACGUAUGUGUAGUGGAAGCGUUGGUGCAAUGGUUAACGCACUGCACAUGAAGCCGGCGACCCGAGUUCAAUUCCUGGCCAUGGCAACCAUCACCGGCAAGUGAUAUCGGAUGCGGUCCAGAGCCUUCUCUAGAUCGACUUGGUCUUAAUUGAGUAUCUGGUGCAGUGUAGCAAACAUCAUUGCUUUGGAGACCAUGGCGUGGUGUUGGCCAAUAUCACCCUGCCGGUAUUAGGUGCUUGCUCAUGACACAUCGCCCCAGCAGCCUAUUCAAGGCUACACGGGGGGGUGGGGGGGGGGGGGUGGUCUUUGUGUGACGUGUAAGUUGUGUAUAUUGGGUGACUGCAUUUGUUGAGUUUUCACAAGUGUUAGUGCGUCAAGGGAUGCAUCAAUGCAUCCAUUAACAUUGAUUCUUGCACUCACAUAUGCGGCAAAUCACGCGUGUUUUAAUAAAUGUUUUUCAAUUAUUUUUUUGCGUUGUACAGAAUGGGUUUCACAGGGCCCCCUGCAGCUAAUUGAAGCUGCUGCAUUUACCACAUUGUGAAAAACAAUAGGAUCGAUUCCUGAAUCGAAUCUAGACCCUGAAGCGUUACUUUUUACCGAAUCCUUACUCUUCCCGUCUAUGUGUGCUAAGUAUUUGGCGAGUCAAGAGUGCCGAGUGCUUACAAGUGUGCAACAUGUUUGAUUCCUGGCCAGGUGCUCCCAGUGCAUGGUUGUGUGUAUGUAUGUUGAACUUCUUUCGCACCAUACGUAGCCAGCCGUACUGAUCGGAGGCGCUGGGGAAGGACAACAAACUAAACACAAAAAGCAGUUCUAAAAUAUACGUAGUGAGUGAGUUAAGUCUGCAAGAGUGUGUUUGUUUCAUGUUGGUUUUUUGUUGUUGUGGUGAAUGUAGUGAUUACAGGUGUGUGUGUGUUGUGUUUGUACGUUUUUAAGUUUUAUGUUGAGACCAACAAGUGUGCACGCGUGCUAAUGCUAAGCAAGUUUACAACAAGUUCACCCGGAGUGUGUAGUGUACGAGGAGUGUAUGUCGUGUGCAGGUGUGGUGAGUACUUUGUGUUUGUGCGCACCAGUGAUGCACGCCGGCUCCACUUCAGGCAGGCAUUGAACUCCACCUCGGGUUUUGUAGUUACAGGUGCCAUUGAUUUGGGUGCAGUAGAGAAGCGUCGUAAAUGGUGCGGGCUCUGGAUUUGAACAUUUUCAGGGGUCGCCGGUUCGUUUCAAGUUCCCUAGGUGGCAGUUAAAGCGAUGGGCAAGUUACUUAAAUCGGGCCGCCUCUGUCCACCCAGCAGUAGAAAUUGAUACGGCACAGUUGGGUCGGUCGGCGGGGUCACGUGCGAUGGGGUCAAGCGUGGGUACUCUCGCCCCCUUCAAAAGACGUCUGGCUGGUGUGGAAGUGUCGACCCAAAUACAUUGUAGAGCUUCUCGAGAGCUCCCUUUAGUGGAGGCCUUUCCAACGGCAUUGGUGUGAGCGAGCCGUUGGGAAGUGUAUGCAAUGUUUCGUGCAUCUGUGGUGGUUGUUGGGCUUGACACAGGGCCCAGUUCUCCCCAGAGGCUGCAUGGACUUCUUGGAUUGAAACCCCGAAGCGGAUUUCACUGAUGAUUACCCUGACCUAGAGCCAAUGCACAUCGCCUGGUGUGCAGUGAAAUAUAUACAUGUACAGCCCUUUUGUCAGUCCACUGCCGGAUGAGGACCUUUGACAUGCCACCGCUGGUCAGUGUGCGGUUCGGUGAUGCGGGGAGCAUAGAAGUUUGGAGAGAAGAUGGACAGUACAACAUUGUUGCUGCGUUGGGUAACACAUCCCUGCCGCAGCCAAAACACCUGUUGUAUGCAUGGUGGUCACCAGUGGUGACUUGUGACUUGUUUACUAGGUGGGGCAAUUGUGAGUGACCUCUGAAAAUAGUGUUCUAAUUAAGAAAAACCUCGCCAUGUUAUUCACCUUCCCGUGAAAGUGAUAAAACUGUCUUAUCUACCAACGGUAGGCAUUUCUAAACGAUACAAAACAAAGCACUCAAAUGCUAUCCCUAUGACCCUCAAGUCCACACUACACAGCAUCUUUGACUGCCAAAAGCCUAAAUAAUAAUUACAGAUCAGCUGACACGACUCAACAAAUUAGCCAAGGCAACCAAGACACCGCGCACUGUACAAUAGCAGCCACAUGCCGUCAUAUAACCCACCGACACAAACAUCAUUGUAUUGACAACCCUUACUAGUUGGCUCUGUCGGGUGGUGGUGGGUUUUAACGACACGUUUAUAUAUUUACGCGAUCGAACCUAAAAACCUCUAUUAUGGACAUUAAUAAAAUGUACACGGGCUCUACUAUUUACUUAACUUUUCACUCCAGCUUGUUUCGUUGUGUGGUCACUGUCGCACUGUUUAGAAACUGUAACAUCACUUUGACUACAUUGUCGAAUCAAAAGAUAGGGUCAUACUGACAUCUUACACAUUUGAUUUUGGGUUUAAGCCACGAUUAAGUUCAAUGUAACAAAUAUUUCUGGUUUUAAGGCCACAUGAGUGAUGUUUCGAGUACAUGCUUAACCAUAUAUCAAUAAACCCAUUAAAUUGCCAUUAAAUAAUUAACAUGGCUUACCGCACAUAAUAUCCCCAAGAUGGGCGACUCCACAAUAGCAGACUCCCUUUCCUCUGCAUUGACCUAUUCAUAUAAGAAUUCGGCACGUCGAUCCUUCUGAGAAGCAAACAAAUUCAAUUGUUCGUCUCUUGAAGUCGGGAAUUUCAUUGAUCAGCUUCUUUCCUAUGCUUGGUUCUUUCGGUAAAGUCACGUUGAAGGGAAUACAAUAUAUAAUAUAUUAUAAUAUAUAAUAUAUUUUAUUGUUUUUGUUCAGGGAAUAAAAUAUAAUAUAUAUUUUAUUGUUUCCCUUCAACGUGACUUUACCGAAAGGACCAAGAAUAUGAAUCGCUGCAGUCACGAAAGCUUUAAAUACAAAAAUCAGCUUCUUUCCAUUAAAAGCAUAGCAAGUGUAUUGAGGCGGUCCUGGGACAUGGCAUUUCUCAGAAAUUUGUUCAAUCUUUUCAAAGUUGAAAAACACCUUUCAGCUUCAUCAGUGGUCAUCGGGGUCGUAAUGUGGAUCCGAAGGAGUUUCAAAGUCUCAGUGAAGGUGGUAUCCAGGUUGAUUUUCCCGGUCGCCUGAGGGCUGGUUGAUGUCGAUUGAGCGGGCUCCGUAAUAAACCUCAACCCUCGCCGGAUGUGACAGGUCCAGGUGGGUGCUGCGAUGGUCCCAACGAUGACCUCGCAGUCUUAAGAUGCAAGUGUUAAAGUCUUAUCUGGAGUAAACUGAGAUGCAAGAGUUAAAGUCUUAUCUGGCGCAAACUCGUCCUGCUAUAACUCGCACGUAUAUUCCACACCCCCCCCCCCCCCCCCCCCCCUUUUCCGAAUUGUGUAUUUGCUUGUUAUGCCACGAAUCAAAGUAUCCAUUCGGAUUUCUCGGAGCAGUGCAAACCUUCGUGUAAAAGAUAACAGCCCAGGAAAGCGGAUAUUUUCAGAGCUACACUGCCACGAGUUAAUGAAUACCACUGGAAAGCGCACGGUGAUAGUCCCAUGAAUUGCCUUGCCCCUGCCGUGGGGCAUUUUACAAUUAAUGGCUUAGGGCUGCCAACCGUUGAUUUAUGAGUGACGCUCCCAUUGCUUGUUUGAGCAGGCAGUGAUUUUCCCGAGCGUUUGACUCGCAAUGUUUUAAGUUUUAUUGACGAAAGACUUCAAUUGUUUGAGUUGUCAGCGAAUUGCUCGGGUAUUUGAAAGUUGACCGGGCUUAAGCGGCGCUUACAAAAGGUGGGGGCGGUGCUAGAAAACAUUUCCCGACCGUGGCCGAAUAGGAUGGUUAAAAUACCUGUGGCGGGCCACGCAUUAACACACGCGCACACAUACAAACAAACCCCGGUCAAUUAUGACUGCAGGAGACACGUGCAGCGACAAAGGGUGACUUGAGGACAGAAACGCAGUGUUGCCGCGUCGUAAUAUGCCCUCUAGCAUCUGAUGCGUGCGGCUAAGUUUCUUACAGAGAUGGAUAAAUAUUGCUGUGAAGCUGUUGGCCUGUUGUGUCUAUGUUUAUGUACGUUGAACUUCGUUCGCGCCGUACGUAGCCAACCAUGCUAAUCAGAGGUGUGGGGGGGAGGACAUCAGAACUCAACACAAAGGAAGUCACGGGGCCAUGCCUGGCUUAUGCAUGUGAGCACGAUGCAAAUCUCAAAUUGACGAAGCGGUCGAAUCUGAGCUCAAGCAGGCGCGAGCGAGUUCGAUCAGUUCUGUUCGUUUCUCUUUCAGUCAACAUACCGUCGCGUUUUUUUUUGUAUCGACUACGACAUGAGAAAUGUCUUAAAACAGUCGCUGCGCGUGUGUGUCUACAAGUCUUUGCGUCACAACCAACAAAGCCACAAUUAACGGCUUCGGAAUUUGACGCUUGGUUGCCACGUUAUCAACAGUCUGAUGUUUUCGAUAAAGUUUUAGGUGAACUUUGCUACGGAGACAGGAUAUCCAAAUGUUGGUUAGUUUUGGUCAUCUCGCUAAAUUCAACGAGAGGGCAGUUCUGCGGCUGAAUGUAAAUCGAUUACGUUUGCGUGAGACUGCAAUUGGGGAAAAAAAUUCACUUGACAGCGGGUGAAGGAGAUAUCUCGUCUUUAAUGAGAGGCCGAUUGAAAAUUGCCACAGGCGUCAUUUUCCAACUUGUUUCAAUGAGGCGAUUACCGACAAGAGUACAAUUGUGUUUCGUGCGGUGACUCCAGUUGGAAUUAAUGUAACGCUUUAAAGCGGUGGUUCUUAACCUGGAGUGCACGCACCCCGUGGGUAAAGCGAGAUGCCCUUUCUGGGUGUGCGAGACAUGGCCAGAUUUAAAUUUAGAAGGUAAAUCAUCGAUACAAUUUCUUUCAUCAAACCUAUGCAUGCAUUAACAUGAUACAAGUUUAAACGACUGAGAACCAAAGGGGUUGCAAGGCUGCAGUCAUGUUUAAGCACCACUGCUUUGAAGGUUUUGUACAGUGUGUACAUGGCGUUGAAGAAAGUAGGUAGCAGUGUAUAAUCGCUUGAAGAAGUAGAUUGUCGUCGAAAGGAUGGUUUAAUAAAGUGUACAUUGUAAAAGUA